GUUGCUUUCUUUUUAUUUUGCUUUCAUCAAAAUUUUAGGAGCUAUAUUGUUUUCUUUUUUAUAGGAGAUGAGCAAGGAUCAGUUUUUUCCUUGCUGAUCGUUUCAUCCAAGGAUUUGGUUCGGGCAGUAUGCGACUGAAAAGAAAACGAAAACAAUAUAUGAAUUUAUGUGCGCAAUUUCAAAGAAAGAUGUUCGCUUUAUUAAAGAGAAUGUAGAGUAAAAUUCCAGCAGAUAAUCUUAGCACGAUAUUAGUAGGCGAUAUCCUCGAUAACACCUUUAACACGAUAAAGCUCCAUUGAAGGGUUUGCGUAAGUAUGUAUGUUAUACUAAUACUUGCUACUCAUAACAAAUCUGAGAGUAAGUCUUAUUUUCCUUUUUUUUUCUUUGGAAUUGCUUCCAUUGGAAUACCAGAUUUAUUGUUCUUCCAUUAUUUUAUGCUCUUUCAGCAUCCUGCAAAGCUGAAAUACAACCACUUAAAUAUACUGUUUUGAGGAAAAGGAUUCUAGCACUUUAAAAUAAUUUAUUAAAUUCAUUUCUCUAAUUCUCCUGCGACGUUCAUGACCUUCAUUACGAAUGAAAUAUUUUGUAGCAUUGCGAGAUUCCAAGGAUGAGCCGUUGAUCCUUAUCACGAAUUUUGAAGAUGAUUCUUCAGUAGUUUUGACUGUCAUGAGCUUAGACAGUAAGUUUGUUUUACAAGACAAAAAACACCAGUUUCAACAAUUGCAAUCCAACCGAACUGUCGAGUCCUUAACUCCAGAUUUAAUUGAGAAAUUACUUUCCGGAGUAUCAGAUCCCAAAUUUAAACUGCAACCCGUAUUACUAGAAGAUCUCUGCCGAAUUUACAUCCUAGUAAUCGAUCCAUUUCCUUUACGGAUUGCUUGGUUUGAAUUAGCCAAGAAAGCGCUUGAUCCAAAAAUGUUAUUUUCCUCGUUUUGGGAAUGCAGUAAUGUUAUCCAAGAUGUUGCCUUUGCUCGACUAGCUCAUCAAGAAGAAGAAAUGAUACAGGUGGUUCAACAUGCUCGCGAAUUAGAAGAGGAAUUUCGUAUGAAAGAGCGAUUUUUAUUGCUCAAAUUUCAAGAAUUGAUUCGGAAUGCCAAAAAGAAGGAAGCUGGAGAGCAAAGUGGGUCCUCGAAAGAAGAGGAAUACGAUGAAGACUUGAAUACUUCCUCUAUAGGCUCUACACCGCUUGUGAAACGAGAAUCUCCAUCCAUCCACUCUCCCUCUUCUUCAGAGAGUCAACAUAGCCAACAAGAAGCAUCUGAGGAGUUUGAGACACAUGAAGCAGAUAAAACAUCUGGAGAAAGCAGUGAAACCGAAUCAGAGUAAUAUAUUUUCAAAGAGUAUAAUCUAUAUACUUUCUCUUAUGCAUUUACUUGUUAGCUUCAAAC